AUGGCGUCGUCACCUGGAAGAUCUACAGGAUUCAUACUAGUUGUAGCAGGAGCUCUCAACGACAGAAAGAGGUUUUGCGAAGCAGCCACUCAACAUCCAUUCCGGUCCAUCUACGAUGAUCCCCGUGAAGAAAAGGCAUCUAUUGAGCACCACGACCACAUCCUUCUCUCUCAACCAAUCGUUUUCAACUCACCCAGUGACAGUAUUAAAAGCGAACUUCGAGAGAUCAGAUUGCUAUCGGUCGACGAGUUUAGCGCCAGUCCUGGAAAAGAAUGCACCAGUAUCGAUAUAUUCGCAUCGCUGUCUGCGCUGGUUGUCACUCUGCAUAUGCGCAACGAGCCUCUCCUCGGCAUCGUUUACCUGCAUGAUUCCAAACUAACCCGUUUAUCCGGAGCGGGCAGGCACAUCAUGAAUCUCUACGGAAGAUACUUUGUGGGUGCCGAUGGACAGGUCCCCUUUGCAUUUGUCCUCGCUUCCGGAUCCAAGUCCAAGAGGGUGGUCGACACUUCGGGGAUCCUAAACCAAUUCUCCCGGAAGGGAUCCAUGAAGUCCGAUUCGGCGGUUGGACAAGUCUUUACGGACUUCCGGUGGAGUUUCAGCAAUGCUGACAGCGGGGAUACGGCAUCUGCACAGAGGAUCCUCUCCUGGCUCAUAUCCCGCGGUUCCGACGGCCGACACAGCUCUCCACGCGGCUUGCUUUAUGAUGAAUUGCGGGAAAAAGAGCUUGAGAAAGGGCUAUACGACACAGAGCUGGGCAAGUGGUUUGGAAACUGGUUGGCGGAACGUGCAAAAGAAAUUUCAAGUUCAGCGCAUGAACCAAACGCUAUCUUUGAGGACCCACGACUGCAGACCCUGUCCGAUGCAUUCAUUAACGAGGUUGCCAGUAUCGAGCGAGCUGUUUCCACCUUGCACCUCUCUCCACCUGGAUCCGCGGAGCCCUUUAUCCAGGACAUUGGGACUAUUCAGGCAGCAACCAAAAGUGUCGACAUCAUAGUGCGAAAUUACCGGUUCAACAUUCUCGGAUUGGCGGCCUUCAUCCAUUUACCAACCUCAAAGGUAGCAAGAAUCGACGCAGCCGUGGUCCGAAACCUAGAUUUGAUUCAUGCUAUAUGUGGGCCGGCUGCACUCGAAUAUCUCGUUCUAGUCAAACACUCCGGGAAGUGGGCGGAAAAGGAAAGAAAUUCGAGGGUCUUUCGCCGGUUCACCGACGCGAAGAGCUGCUUAAUCGACAUCCCACCUCAGAAACAGCAGUGUAAUGCGUCUAGUUGGGCGGAAGCGCUUUCCGCAGAGUUCCAAUUCCGCCAGAAAGGGCUACAGUUCGAUGAUAUCGCCCUUCUCGGAGAAAGAAAGGCAAAGGUGGUCGAUACGUCUGCAGGCCAAAUCAUCUUGAAGUACUUGACGGAUAGCUUGUCCGCUGUACAGGACGAGAUCGCGCAAUCCCCAUACGAAACACGAUCCUCCAGCAAAUCGCCCAUGUCGCCAUCACCUUCUCCCGAAAUGCGCGCUCUUUACCUCCAGUUAGAUCUCAUCCGAUUCAGCGAGUCCUUCAACCUCUAUACGAAGAUGUACUCCGAGUUGGAAAAGGAUUCCGGGCUGAAGAAGGCCAUAAACCGGCUCGAAGCCCUUCUACUCUGCCAAUCCGAUACAUAUCCCGACAAGCACAAAACGUGCGGCCAGUUGGGUGCAUUGUACCAAGAGCACUUUGAUGCCAUCGGUGGAGGGUUGGAGCAAGGGAGGGAUUUGGAGAAGGCGAUCAAGCAUUACGGCGACGCGGUGAAAUUGCUGGACGCGACUUCCCCGGUGAAUAGAAGCGCCCAAGAUCGUCGAGCUUAUGCGAAGGAGCGGGCGGCGUACCUCGGCGCUCUUACUCGAUCCCUCGACCUUAAAUUUCAACUGUUUGGCAAGAAGAACGACCUCGUCCAAGCCAUCUACCAUUGCGGCGACGUCGUGAAUAACUUCAUGAUUGAAGCCGGAUAUUCGGAUACCCAGAAGGCCGUCACCCGACAUGUGUUCGGAACAUUGCUGAAGAACAAGUUCCAGACGUACUUCGACGACGUGGCAGAUAUCGAUUCCGCCAUAGGCCAGUUUCAUCAAGCAGAGAACCUGUUGCCCCCUGGACACCAAGGCAUCCCGAUCAUUAUCUCGGACAUCUGCGAGGCCUACACUCUCCGAAGCAAGUACAACGACGAUCACUCCAAAAGGUGUCCGGAUGCAGAGAAGCGCCAAAAGAAGGAGCAAGCAUUGCGGGAUGUGGAAAAUGCCAUCAGGGAGUACUCGAGGAUGAGGCCGGAACCAUCGAGUGGUCACCUGGCGUACCCGGUCCUCCAGAACGCCAAAUGCAAAGCAUGGUCUAAGCAUUGGAAGAUGUGCAUGGAGAUUGAGAAGGGGCGAUUGGACAAGUAUGGGCCCGGGUGCGUCAGCUUGUCGGACGCUAAAAUCGAGUUUAAAGUACAUCGAAACCUUGAUGAAGCAAUCUUAGCGGGGGAAGAAGCUGUCAAGUACUCCCAUGAUACGGCGCAGGAGUGCGACUACCUGGUGAAUUUGGGAAAGGCCUACGCGUAUAGAUGGUUGUGGGGGGAUAGAAGUCCCGAUGUGACGGCGAAGGAAGGAAAUAACGACCUUGAAGAAGCCUUGCUGUGUUUAAGGGGUGCUGCCGAGACCGAGGGGGCGCUGUGCAUCACCCGGUUCAAGGCUGCACGGAACUGGGGACGGUGGGCGCGAAUAGGCCGGGAGAAGGGCGACAAGGAAAUUCUCUUGGCGUACAAGUAUUGCAUUUGCCUUUUGUCACAACUCACCUCCCUGGACAUCCCUAUCGACGAACAAUACCGGCGGCUGGAGAAAAUCCAAGGAAUGGCGUAUAUUGCCAUUGAACAGGCGAUCGUCUAUGGGGAACUGGGGAAGGCAGUUGAGUGGUUCGAAGAAGGGAGAGGUGUGGUUUGGAGACACUACUUCCGAAGGGACGAACUGAUGGAUAGCUUAAGAGAGAAAGGUGGAGCUGUAGCUGAAGCUGAAGCGUUGAUCGAGGAGUGGGAAGGGCAUUGGAAGGAAGGACGGCUGGCAGUGAUCAGGGAAAAGCAGUUGGCCAAGCUCAUAGAUCCCGAUGACAGGAAGAAGAAAGAGAAGGGCGUGGGCGUCGGGUGGUAUCAAGCAGUAGCCCAAAAGAUGCGUGGGGCAUGGGAGAAGAUGAAGAAGAUGGCCGGAUUCGCGGAUGCGAGGACGGAUGGCGAAGCAAGGUGGGAGAGAUUGGCGGAGGCAGCAACAUUCGGACCAGUCGUUCUUGUCAACGCCACUGAUAAUCGUUGCGAUGCUAUAAUCCUUCUGAAGAGAAGUCAUGCAAGGCCCUUGAUGAAGCACGUUGAUUUGGCGAAGGAAGGCCUCACAUUGCAGACAUUGGACUCGUGGAAGGAGAGACUGCAGGAGGUUCUCAAGACGGCUAACCUCACCUCGAGGGGAUUGGUGCAAAAAGGGCGGAAAGGUGUGGAUAUGAACAGCAUUGUGGAGAAGAUUCUACUUGGAUUGUGGGACGCAGUCGCUGGACCCGUUGCCCACAUCCUCAAGGAUCAUCCCAUGGUUAUGAAGGGCUCACGGCUAUUCUGGUGCGCCUCUGGACCUUUGGCCUUUCUCCCACUGCAUGCCGCGGGUGAUUACAAGGGAACUGUGGUACCCGAAGGGAGAUUGCGAUGCGUUCAAGAAUGGUUCGUGUCUUCGUACAUUCCUAGUCUCCAUGUGCUAUUACGGGUCGCAAGAGGCCGCAAGCAGCGGAACGAGGCACAAGCUCCCUUCCGAAUUCUCGCUGUGGCCCAAAGCAAGACGCCGGGACAGUCCGACUUGCCAGGGACGGAGAAGGAGGUGAAGACCAUCCGCGAACUGAUGGGUCAGUCUACAACUCAGGUUCUCAUCAAUGGGGAGGCCACGGUGGAGAAGGAUCCAGCGGACGGACUGCAGAGCGCGCUCUUGCUGUUUGAAGGGAAGGGCCUAGCGUUGCGAGAGUUGGUAGAGAUGAAGUAUAUCCCACUUCCUGCAGAUUGCGAAGGGGAGAGUGAAGAAAGGAGUAUUGCUCAGAGGAGCCCCGAGUUUGCGUAUCUCUCAGCUUGCCAGUCGGCUACCGGGGAUAUGACAUUGCCGGAAGAGCAUGUGCAUCUGGCUGGGGGAAUGCUUGUGGCUGGAUACCUUGGAGUUGUGGCCAGUAUGUGGAGUAUUGGGGAUGCUGAGGGCGUGGACGUCGCGAAAGGUAUUUAUCGCAGAGUAAAAGACUUGGCGGGGACGAAGAGACCAAGGUAUGAGGAGAUUGCAAGAGCGUUGAGAGACUCGGUGGAAGAAUUGAAGGCGCAGAAGUCUGUAGAUUAUUUGAAGUGGGUACCGUUUAUUCACGUCGGGUUGUAG